AUGACUGACCAGUGUGUGGUCACCCCAGAAAUCAUUGACUACCCGUACGCGGGCUCUGGCACAGAAGAAAGCCCCUACAUAGUGGAAUGGAUUCCCCAUGAUCCGCGCAACCCGAUGAACUUCCCAACGCACCGGAAAUGGGUGUAUACUGUGACAGUUGCUUUCUCCACCUUGGCUGUCUCACUGGCGUCCUCCGCAUACGCAGGGGGAAUUAGUGAGGUGCUGACGGAUCUGAAUGUGAGGCAGGAGGUUGCAACGUUGGGUGUGUCUCUGUUCGUGCUUGGAUUUGCGGUCGGUCCCUUGCUAUGGGCACCGCUCAGCGAGCUCAUCGGCCGUCAGAUUGUGUUUCUGGUUACAUUCUUUUCGCUCUCUGUAUUCUGCGCGGGAGCAGCGGGGUCACACAAUAUCUGGACUUUGGUUAUUCUCCGAUUCCUUGCAGCAUCCUUUGGCUCGUCGCCUCUUACGAAUGCUGGCGGUGUCAUCGCCGAUAUCUUUCCUGCGGACCAGCGCGGUCUGGCAACCAGCCUUUUCGCCGGUGCACCUUUUCUUGGUCCAUCCCUUGGUCCUGUUAUUGGUGGCUUCCUCGGUGAGAAUGCUGGCUGGCGAUGGGUGCAGGGCUUUCUCGCUGUAUUCACAGGACUAAUCUGGAUGGUCGAAGGGCUCAUUAUUCCUGAAACUUAUGCACCACUGCUGUUAAGAAAGCGUGCUGAGCGCCUCUCGGCCAUCACAGGCAAAAUCUACCGCAGUAAGCUAGAAGCCGAGCGUGGCAAGGUGCCCGUUAGUGACAUGUUUAGUGCCGCGCUUGGUCGACCAUGGAUUUUGUUAUUUGCCGAGCCCAUCGUCCUAUUGCUUUCACUUUACAUGGCUAUUAUCUACGGAACGCUCUAUAUGCUCUUUGAUGCGUUCCCUAUUGUCUUCCAGGAGAUUCGUGGCUGGAGCGAGGGAAUUGGCAGCUUGCCUUUCCUAGCCGUGAUGAUCGGAAUGAUGAUAGCUGUCGGAGUCAACAUGUAUGAUAACGAGCGUUAUGUGCGUAUCCACAAGAAGCAUAAUGGGUUCGCACCACCAGAAGCUCGUCUUCCGCCAACUAUGUGGGGUGGACUCGCGAUCCCAAUUGGACUAUUCUGGUUUGCAUGGACCAACUAUCCGUCUAUCCCAUGGAUUGUCAGCGUCCUGGCGACAGCGCCCUUUGGAUUUGGCAUGGUUCUAGUGUUCUUAGGAAUCAUGAACUAUUUGAUCGACGCUUACACUAUCUAUGCAGCAUCAGUUCUCGCGGCCAAUUCGAUUAUUCGAUCAUGCUUCGGGGCUGUAUUCCCACUUUUCACGACCUACAUGUUCCAGAAUCUUGGGAUACAUUGGGCAUCAUGCAUUCCAGCAUUCCUUGCCGUCGCGUGUGUCCCAUUUCCCUUCUUCUUUUAUCGAUACGGCCAUGUUGUACGCCGUAAAUGCAAGUACGCUGCCGAAGCAGAAGACUUCAUACGCUCGCUGGCCCAGAACGCCAGUGACCCUAAGGUUGAUGACGACAAUGAGGCUGAAGUUGAAGCUGAGGUGGCUGCCAAUCAAGGCGCCGUCCCAGAGACUUACAACUCUGCAUAUGAGGACUCAUUUAGCUCUCAUUCGUCCCUGGAACGCAUUGAGACAGCCUACGAUGCCAAUCCUUACGAUAUUGAUCACGUCAACACGCGCAACUCGGCCAUCACACAGCGGUCGCGAUUAAACCAAGGUCGUCGGCAUGGGCCUUUUGGCUUUGGGCGGAAGUGA